AUGGGGAACCCCAAAAAGCAGCAUCCGAAUCAGGGAAGAGGGGGGAAAACCUCUGCUACAAAAUCUGUCUCUCUGACCCGUCUUUUCCGCGAUUCUACAGACCAUGACACAGAGGCAGCAGGCGGCAAGAUGGCAGCGACGGAAAGGCAAACUGUGUCUCCCCCGGCCGGGCCGGCCCGGCCCCUUCUGAGUGCCCAGGACACGGCACAGGAGGCAGACAUCAGCACUCUGCUGAAAAACUUGUCUUCAAGAGCUGAUUUAGCCGCAAUGUUGAGCAAGCUGGAGACAACGUUCCAAUCCAAAAUGGAGGCGAUGAACACUGAUAUCAC